CCGCCAGAGGAGCCCAGGUCGCCGCGCUCGCGCCGCGCCCGCCCCUCGCCGGUCCCGCGGCCGCCGCGCCGCCGCUGCAGGAUAGCUAACGACCAGGAGAAAUACAGUGGAAAAUGCAAAACAACGAAAUUAUAAAACCUGCCAAAUACUUCUCAGAGUUGGAAAAGAGCAUCUUGCUUGCUUUAGUAGAAAAGUACAAAUAUGUGCUGGAAUGUAAAAAAAGUGAUGCACGAACUAUUGCCCUCAAGCAGCGAACCUGGCAGGCCUUGGCCCACGAAUACAACUCCCAGCCUAGUGUAUCCCUGCGGGAUUUCAAACAGCUGAAGAAGUGCUGGGAGAACAUCAAGGCUCGGACCAAAAAAAUUAUGGCCCAUGAAAGGAGAGAGAAAGUGAAGCGGAGUGUCAGCCCACUGCUGAGUGCCCAUACCCUGGGGAAGGAGAAGAUGGGCUCCAUGCUACCCGAGCAGCUCUACUUCCUGCAGAGCCCGCCUGAGGAAGAGCCUGAGUACCACCCUGACACCGCAGCCCAAGAAUCACUUGCUGUUUCAAAUAGAGAACUGUGCGAUGAUGAGAAAGAGUUCAUACAUUUUCCAGUAUGUGAGGGGACCUCUCAACCUGAACCCUCAUGUUCAGCUGUCAGAAUAACAGCCAAUAAAAACUACAGGAGCAAAACCUCUCAGGAAGGUGCUUUAAAAAAGAUGCAUGAGGAAGAACACCAUCAACAAAUGUCCAUCUUACAACUGCAGCUGAUACAAAUGAAUGAGGUGCAUGUGGCCAAAAUCCAGCAGAUAGAGCGAGAGUGUGAGAUGGCAGAGGAGGAACACAGGAUAAAAAUGGAAGUUCUCAAUAAAAAGAAGAUGUAUUGGGAAAGAAAGCUACAAACUUUUACCAAGGAAUGGCCUGUUUCUUCAUUUAACCGGCCCUUUCCCAAUUCACCCUAAGACUUUGGGAAUGACUCUCUUGUAAUUAAUCUGUGUUGGCAAAGAAAGUCUGAAAUAGGAACUUGCGGUCAGUAACCUGUAACUGAGCUACGACUAGGAAAAUUAGAGUGGUAGUAGUCACUUAUUUAAGAAUACAUUCAGGUAAACAGCUGCACCCUAUGUACCCUUUAAGUGGCAAAAAAGCUGUCAUGGUCUUCUGAAAGUUAUCACUAUGAGUGCUAUAAUUCUGAAUGUAAUGUCUGUUAAUUAGAAUUCAUGUAAGAA